CACGUUCCCACCCUCCGCGUGACACACCCGCUGCCCACAGACCGUCGCAGGCCUCCCCAGGGUGUGGUGCAUGGUGGUGGUGGUGUGAUCGUGGUGAUUGUGGUGAUGGAGACACGUUUAACACUCUUGGUGAGUUGCUGAAAAUCUCGCUAAUGCAAAAAAAUAAAAAAUAGGAAUCUCAAAUAAACCGUUGAGAAGAAAUACAUAAAUUUCGUCAUAUUUUUAUUGAAUUGAUAGCUAGAACAAAUGUCAUUCCUGAAAGCAAGACUCUUAGGACGGCCACAGUGAUCUCGAAACCCGCCACUACGAAUUCAAACUAAAAAUUCCAACAGUGCGGAAUACAAGCUUGGAAUGUGUGUUAUCAAGACGAUAUGUUCAGUUCCCAUUAAAAUCCUGAUCAGAAUAAGUAUCCAUUCCACUAAUGUGGUGAGACGCGCGGUGGACAGUGAGUGCUGGAGGUGGUGUUGCGGGGCGUGACCGGUAAGGUGUUACUGGAAUUCCAUCAAAUAUUCCACUUGACCUCGCGUGCCUGUCAUAAGCGACACCAGGAUGAUACUGGAGCCACGACGCAGCUGAAGACAUAUUUUUCUCUGGCUGAAAAGAUUGUACAAAAGGUGGAUUGACUUUACAACAAGAAAUACGGCAACUUAAGUUUAUGCAAAAGUGAUACUGGAGAAAAAGGUUACAUGAUGUCCUCUCCGCCUCCAAGAAUCACUGUGGCUCCAGACUCUUUUUCUAUUGAGUCUCUUUUAGCUUCCCGGAGACCUGAGUCUGGACACAACCAUCCAAGUCUUCCGCCCCAGCCCUCCCCCCUCAUCUCGGCACUAAGACCACCCAGGCCAGACUUGCACGGGCAGCAAAACAGGCGGGAGGCUUCUCCACCGCAGCCACCCAGCCAUGCAUCACCCAUGUUCCUGGCCAGCCUGCGCGCCGUGUCUGAGUCUCCGCGGCCCUCCUCCAAGGCGGAGAGCGACGUCACGACAACAGGGCGCGAAGAUGAGUAUGAAGAAGAGGAAGAGGAGGAUGAAGAUGAAGGAGAGAUGAGGGAGUGUGACGGAGGCGAGGACGAAGUGGUGGUGGAUGACCUCAAAAGCCAAGCCAUGGAGGCCGAGGGGGGCGUAACCACCUCCAGUGACGCGCGGCCCAGUGAUGCGGAAAGCCUGAAGGCGGGGGAGGAGCGAAAAAAGAGGCCGAGAACCGCCUUCACGGCCUCGCAGAUCAAGGCGCUGGAGCAGGAGUUUGAGAAGAACAAAUACCUCUCCGUCAGCAAGCGACUGCAACUCUCCAAGCAGCUCAAACUCACGGAAACACAGAUCAAGAUUUGGUUCCAGAAUCGGCGCACCAAGUGGAAGCGGAAGUACACCAAUGACCUGGAGGUGAUGGCGCAGCAGUACUACUCGGCGCUCGGCCUGCUCUCCCACAGGCCCAUGGUGGUGGGCGACCGCCUCUGGCUCUUCAACUACCCCAUGGGCCACCCCAACCAACACACCGUGGGUCUCCAUGGCAACAGCGCUCUGCCUCCCCUGCCCUCCCAUCUGUCCACUCACGUCCUGCCCCACCUCCCUCCACCGUGCCUCCCUGCCCUACCUCUCCCCUCCUCCCUGGUGGCUGCCUCGGGUGAGCGACCAAUCAUCCAUUCAAGUCCUAUCAACCCCUUGACUGACCGCCAUGUGAUUGGUGGCUCUCACACCUCGCCUCCCAGCUCGCUGUCUCCUAUUGGCUCCGGAACAGUGCCCACCCUGACGUCACCGCUGUACACUCCCGCCACGGCCAUGGACUCCUUGCACUCACCAAUUCCUACCUUCGGAGCCCAGACUCAACACGACGGCCGCCCCGCAGUAUAAGGACACUAGGUCUGGGUCAUCGCCUCCUCACACUGCCAGUCAUGAGAGGAGAAUGUAUCCGACACCAAAAGUUUGCCACUGACGCGGUUUCCUCUGUGCCCAAGUCUGUCUGAAUCCUUAUAUUCUAAACACUGGUGAGUUACGGGAAGAAAACACCAUAUUUAAAGAAACUAAGCAAAAUCCAAAGAGGAGUGUGAUUUUAGACCUCAAUUCAGAGUUUCUUCCUGUUGGCUGAGUCCUUCAGAAGAUUAUGUGUGGGGCGAACAGAGAAGCAAGCACAGAAAGUUGGUCAUUUUUACGUAACCAGGUCGUCGUUGGUUCUCGCUAAGCAAACCAGCGAAAAAGGCGGUGCAUGUUUCAGUCAUGCGAGGCCGUCAGUCACCCUUUAGGGGCGGGCGGUCCGUUAAGACCUCUUUAAUGUACACCUCAUCAGGUAUUUCAGAGUUCCUAGCACUAGAAUUAUGAAUACUCUUAUGUAAUUUAUUGCAUUUCAAGGUGUUAAUAAAUGGAAAGUUUUUU